UAGUUUAUUUCGUUGCGUAGCGCAAGUGAACGACUGGAAACUCAAAAUAUCGUCCUCCAGUUGAAAACGGCCGAAGCUAUCGAUUAACUUGGCGUUGGUGAGACCGAAAUCGAUCUGCUACCUUCAAGUGACCGUGUAGCUGGAUGGAAAGCAGCGCGUUCGCACGUAUAGUUGAUUGAGAAUAUCGUCUGUUGGCUGUUGUCACAGGUCAUCUAACGCAGCUGUGAAUAACAACAGCCGCAUUGGCUGCAGUAUGAAUAUUUCUUUGAGGUGGUAUUUAUUCUGAGCGUUUUGGAACCCCCCUCAAAAUGAAAACGAUAAGUCGUCAUUAAUGCGGAUUUAAAUGCAUCCAGCAGAGGGACAGAGACUCGCUGUUACAAUCCAAUUUCACCGAGAAGAAACCCUUUCUUUUAAAAAGAAUAUUCAUAUUGUGGAGAACUGGAUCAAAAUAUAGAACGAUCGUGAGGGAUAUUUGAAGCAAUAUGGCUGAUGACUGGGGUUGGGGGCGCUGGCAGGAGCUCUCCAAAGCUUUUAGAUGCUAGCCGUGGCAGAUGGCAACGUUUCCUAUGGCAGCAGCAGCUCUAUAAUGAGUAAUAAUAUCAAUUAUAAUAGAAAUUCGGACUCUUCUGUCUCUAUAUCCAAGAUGGAUGUGAUCAUCCCGUUCUCACCAGAUGUUCCCUGUGACAACAAUGGUCAGCGCAUGUGGUGGGCAUUCCUUGCCUCAUCCAUGGUGACGUUCUUCGGGGGUCUCUUCAUCAUUCUCCUAUGGAGGACCCUCAAAUACAUGUGGACUGUUUGCUGCCACUGUAACAUCAAACCUAAGGAGAAAGCGCCUAUUCCAGUGAUCACUCAAGCUGAUGGAGCAGCCAAGACCGGCUCAGAGAAGGAGCCCGAGGUGGCCCCGAUCAGCGAGGUGGGCUGGAUGACGUCGGUCAAGGACUGGGCCGGCGUCAUGAUCUCCGCUCAGACUCUGACCGGGAGAGUCCUGGUGGUGCUGGUGUUUGCCCUCAGCAUCGGAGCUCUGGGGAUAUACUUCAUAGACUCCUCUGACCCUAUAGAAUCCUGUCAGAAUUUCUACCAAGAUUUCACGUUACAGAUAGACAUGGCGUUCAACGUAUUCUUCUUACUGUACUUUGGCUUGCGGUUCAUAGCAGCCAAUGAUAAGCUGUGGUUCUGGCUGGAGGUCAACUCGGUAGUGGACUUCUUCACAGUGCCGCCAGUGUUUGUGUCGGUGUAUCUGAAUAGAAGCUGGCUGGGUUUGAGGUUUCUCAGAGCCUUGAGACUGAUCCAGUUCUCAGAAAUUUUACAGUUUUUGAAUAUCUUGAAAACAAGCAAUUCCAUCAAGCUGGUCAACCUGUGUUCCAUCUUCAUCAGCACAUGGCUCACAGCUGCUGGAUUCAUACAUUUGGUGGAAAACUCAGGGGAUCCUUGGGAAAACUUCCAAAAUUCUCAAUCGCUUUCAUAUUGGGAAUGUGUCUACUUACUCAUGGUCACCAUGUCCACCGUGGGCUACGGAGAUGUCUAUGCAAAAACAACCUUAGGGCGCCUUUUCAUGGUCUUCUUCAUCCUCGGUGGUUUGGCCAUGUUUGCCAGCUACGUCCCUGAAAUCAUAGAGUUAAUAGGAAACCGCAAGAAAUAUGGUGGUUCCUAUAGUGCGGUUAAUGGGAGAAAGCAUAUUGUGGUCUGUGGUCAUAUCACGCUCGAAAGUGUUUCCAACUUCCUUAAAGACUUCCUACACAAGGACAGGGAUGAUGUCAAUGUAGAAAUCGUUUUUCUCCAUAAUAUUUCCCCUAAUCUUGAGCUGGAAGCCUUAUUCAAACGCCACUUUACUCAGGUGGAAUUCUACCAGGGAUCUGUUUUGAACCCACACGACUUGGCCCGGGUGAAGAUCGAGUCGGCGGACGCCUGCCUGAUUCUGGCCAACAAGUACUGCCCUGACCCAGACGCAGAGGAUGCCUCCAACAUAAUGAGAGUAAUAUCAAUCAAGAACUACCACCCAAAGAUCCGAAUCAUCACUCAGAUGUUGCAGUACCACAACAAGGCCCAUCUGCUAAACAUUCCAAGCUGGAACUGGAAGGAAGGGGAUGAUGCAAUCUGCCUGGCGGAGCUGAAGGCGGGCUUCAUCGCUCAGAGCUGCCUGGCCCAGGGCCUGUCCACCAUGCUGGCCAACCUCUUCUCCAUGAGGUCAUUCAUCAAGAUUGAAGAGGACACGUGGCAGAAGUAUUACCUGGAGGGAGUGGCCAAUGAAAUGUACACAGAGUACCUGUCCAGUGCCUUUGUGGGCCUUACUUUUCCCACAGUUUGUGAGCUGUGCUACGUGAAGCUGAAGUUGCUGUUGAUUGCAAUUGAAUACAAGUCUGAGCAGAGGGAAAGCAGUAUUCUCAUCAACCCGGGCAACCAUGUCAAGAUGCAGGAAGGUACAUUAGGAUUCUUUAUUGCCAGUGACGCCAAAGAAGUCAAGAGAGCAUUUUACUACUGCAAAGCUUGUCACGAUGACAUCACAGAUCCCAAACGGAUCAAAAAGUGUGGCUGCAAAAGACCAGCAGAUGGCGCUACAACUCCAGAGAAAGCAGGAAGUCAGAAAGAGGGCGGUGUUCGGUUCAAAACAGAUAUCAAUUUAGUCGAAGAUGAGCACCCGUCAACGCUGUCGCCCAAAAAGAAACAGCGCAAUGGAGGCAUGCGAAAUUCACCCAGCUGCUCGCCCAAAAUGAUGAGGCACGACCCGCUCCUCAUUCCAGGGAACGAACAGAUCGAGAACAUGGACGUUAACGUGAAGAGAUACGACUCCACGGGGAUGUUUCACUGGUGCCCAUCUAAAGACAUUGAGAAGGUCAUCCUGACCCGGAGCGAGGCGUCCAUGACGGUUCUGAGCGGACAUGUAGUGGUCUGUAUAUUUGGAGAUGUCACGUCCGCUUUAGUGGGGCUGCGAAACUUGGUGAUGCCUUUGAGAGCGAGCAACUUUCAUUAUCACGAACUAAAACCGAUUGUGUUUGUUGGCUCGCUGGACUAUCUGAGAAGGGAGUGGGAAACCUUGCACAACUUUCCCAAGGUUUCCAUACUGCCUGGUACGCCAUUAAGUCGAGCUGAUUUAAGGGCCGUCAACAUCAACCUCUGCGACAUGUGCGUUAUCCUGUCAGCCAAUCAGAACAAUAUUGACGACGCCUCACUGCAGGACAAGGAAUGCAUUUUGGCGUCACUCAACAUCAAAUCUAUGCAGUUUGACGACAGUAUCGGGGUGUUACAGGCUAAUUCCCAAGGUUUCACGCCUCCUGGAAUGGACAGGUCAUCCCCAGACAACAGUCCAGUACAUGGCUUAGUUCGGCAAGCGUCCGUCACAACUGGAUCCAACAUCCCGAUCAUAACAGAACUAGUCAACGACUCCAACGUUCAGUUCCUCGACCAGGACGACGACGACGACCCGGACACCGAGCUGUACCUGACGCAGCCCUUCGCUUGUGGGACAGCGUUUGCCGUCAGCGUGCUGGACUCCCUGAUGAGUGCAACGUACUUCAACGACAACAUCCUGACGCUUAUUCGAACCCUGGUGACGGGAGGAGCCACGCCGGAGCUGGAGGCGCUGCUGGCUGAGGAGAACGCACUGAGAGGGGGCUACAGCACGCCGCAGACGCUGGCCAACCGCGACAGGUGUCGGGUCGCGCAGCUGGCCCUUUAUGACGGGCCCUUCGCGGACUUGGGGGACGGUGGAUGCUAUGGGGACUUGUUUUGUAAAGCAUUAAAAACAUACAACAUGCUGUGCUUCGGAAUCUACAGACUACGAGAUGCACAUUUAAGUUCACCGAGCUCAUGCACCAAACGGUACGUCAUCACCAACCCGCCCUACGAGUUUGAGCUGGUACCAUCAGACCUGAUCUUCUGCCUGAUGCAGUUUGACCACAACGCGGGCCAGUCCCGGACCAGCCUGUCCCACUCCUCCCACUCCUCCCAUUCCUCCAGCAAGAAGAGCUCCUCCGUCCACUCCAUCCCCACCGCCAACCGCCAGAGCCGCAGCAAGGCCCGCGAGGCCCGCGACAAGCAGAAAAAAGAAAUGGUUUACAGAUGAACCAGAAAAUGCCUACCCAAGGAACAUUCAAAUCAAGCCUAUGAGCACUCACAUGGCCAAUCAAGUCAAUCAGUACAAAUCCACUAGCAGCCUGAUCCCACCAAUCAGAGAAGUUGAAGACGAAUGCUGAGU